AUGUCCAAGAACACUGUGAAGGAGAGCAGGAGCGAGACGGCCACAGGGAACUUGUCCGGGUUUUCUGGUUCCAGCAGUGACGUUCAACACCAGGAGAGAGUGGAUGAGAUCACCCAAGCCAACCGGCGGAUCAAAGCAAGAGAUGUCAGGGAAAUGCUAGGGAUUUCUGUAGGGAGUUCUCAGUGUAUUAUCCAAGAUGUGUUGGGUUACAGGAAAGUGUGUGCACGAUGGGUUCCCCACAUGUUGUCACCCGAGCUGAGAUUGUACAGAAGUCAAGUUAGUGAUGAACUCCUGGCUCGUUAUAACGAUGAAGGUGACGCUUUCUUAUCCUGUAUAGUCACAGGAGACGAGACUUGGUUGAAGGAGUACCUCAAAGGAAAAUGUUAUGCAGAUGGCGAUGAAGUUCAAAAGAUGUGUGUCGCUGGUUCAGUGGAAAACCACAUGAAUUUUUCGCCGACAGCAUGCGACAACUUAUUCGAUGUUGGCGGAUCUGCAUUGACAAAGAAGGCCACUAUGUUGAAAAGUAAAGGUACUAUCAUGUAG